GGCAAAAACCUCUAAAAUCAUUACAUCUACAACUACAAGUAUUUAUACACGCGUGGACGUGAUGUCGAAAUAUAUACUUCUUGCAAUUAUCACCAUCCGAUGUCAUAAUCGGAUUAAAUUCGGAACUUCUUACAACCAAUGGCUCUCAUAAAUCGAUAUUAAUUUAUUUUAAUUUUUAAUAAACAACAACAAACCUUUUGUACUUUGAUAUUCUUCAACACAUUUUACGUCAAAUUCUCUAGCUUUUUUCUUCAACUCCAUAUUUCAUUAACCCUCAAAAUAGUCUAUGACGAACAGAUCAAACUAUUCGUAAAAGUUAAUAUAUAUUUUUCUUAACAAUACGAUCAUAUUUUAAACAUAUCGAACGUGAUACACGAUUCAAACGGUUAACAUAUUAUUUUACAUACACCCACAAUCUGCAACUAAAUAAUACCUUUUGCAUAUUCUGGAAUCUGAAACCCGAAUCUCCUAAUUCAUUGUACCACUCGGUCGAUGGGAGCACGUCAAAUUCUUUCAAAGUAACAAGUAACAAACUGAGAUAGUAUUAUCCUCACGUUAAAUUCUCAUAUAGUAACAACUAACAAACUGAUAAAUUAUUAAAGAAAACAUAUAUUAUCCCCACGUUAAAUUCUUCAACGACUAACAAACUGAGAAAUUGUUAAAAAACAUAUAUUGUCCUCUUCUUUUCCCUCCCCACUCUCCAGAUUCUCUACCACUAACUACAGUUUCUCGCGUGUGGGUAUAUAUAGAGAAGAGGCCAAAGAAAUUUAAGAACACAAGCUCAAGUUAUAUAGAUUGAUAGAAAUAUAUACUCUUACUAACAUCAACUUAUAUCUUAGUACGCUAUUUCAAAGUUAAAAAAAGUACGCUAUUUCAUAUAACAUAAUAAAGUUAUAAAAAGACCAAUUUGUGUCUUUCUUCUGAGUUCGUGGGCGUACUUACAUACACAGUACUGAUGGGAAGACGUGGGAUCGCCAAAGUACCGAUGCUGCUGUUAAGGAGUUGGAAGCAAGUUCAAGGACGAGCAAGGAUAAGCAGCAAAGCUGCAAAACUAAAUCCUAUGGUUGUCCACUACUCUGAAGAUAUUUCUGAUCAUAGGGUAGAGAUUAAUUGUGGCGGCGAAGAGGAGUGGGUUCCACACCCACGUACCGGAAUAUUCUUUCCGCCAGGACAAGAGUUGGUGAUGGAUGGUGUCCCUGAGGGUGCUGCUUCUUUUGACAUGAUGUUUUGGCUUAGGAACGUCGAUGGUGUGGACAAACCUGAUCCUGGCCAUCAUUUUCCUAACUGAAACAAAAAAAAGUGUUUUGUCAAAAAAACAAAAACAAAAAACAAAAACAAAAAAAAGUGUAACUAUUGACUCAGUGAUGUGAUAAUCAUAAUGGGACUAUAAUAUGUAACGAUAGCAAAAUAAUCCCGUGUGUACGCACGUUUGAUUAUGAUAAUUUCGUUUUAUGUAUGAUGGUUCAAUAGCAAUAUGCUUUCUUAAUUGAAAUCUUCGUUGUGAUUA